UCACCAUGUUUAAACUUAAAAUUCAUGAAAAUUAAACCACUUUAGUGGCUAAAAUAACAAAAAUUGUGUUUGAGAAAACAUUUGUACCCAAAUCAAAUCAAAUCGCCGUCAGCUUCUUCCUAAAUCAAAUUUUCGGCGCUUUAAUCUGCAUCUACACCUUCUUUACUCACUCACUGAUUCAAACGGAGAUAUAGUGAUGCACAAGUCAAGGGUCAUGAAGGCCGGGAAAGACCGAAAAGUAGAGUUUAAUGACGAUAGUGCUUGGUGGUGGUUGACUCGGAGUGGUAUUUCAGCUCCAUUCGUAUGUGUUAGUUUAUUUGCAAUUCUUGUGCGUGUUGCCGUGUCUCUGCAUCCGUAUUCUGGAGCUGGUGAUCCACCCAAAUUUGGAGAUUUUGAAGCACAAAGGCAUUGGAUGGAGAUAACGACUAAUCUUCCGGUUAAGGAAUGGUAUCACAACAGCACUAAAAAUGAUCUUAGUUACUGGGGACUUGAUUACCCACCACUUACUGCUUAUCAGAGUUAUGUUCAUGGUCUUGCUCUAAGUUUUUUCCAUCCAGAAUCGGUUUCACUAUAUACUUCACGUGGCCAUGAAUCCUAUUUUGGAAAACUGCUAAUGAGGUGGACAGUAUUAACCUCUGAUGUCCUCAUAUUCUUUCCUGCAGUUUUGUGGUUUAUUGUAGUCUAUGCAGGCCAAUUGAGACGGCCUAAAAGUAACUUAGCAUGGCUUGUUGCAAUGAUUUUACUGAACCCGUGCCUCAUCCUCAUAGAUCAUGGUCAUUUUCAGUUUAACUGCAUAAGCUUAGGACUUAGUGUUGGAGCUGUUGCCGCUGUACUUUGCGACAGAGAUCUUGUGGCUUCGUUUUUGUUCAGUCUUGCCCUCAACCACAAACAGAUGAGUGCUUAUUAUGCUCCUGCCUUUUUCAGCCAUUUACUGGGUAAAAGCCUAAAACGUCAACAUCCACUUCUCGAGGUAUCAAAAUUAGGCGUAGUGGUUGUAGGAACAUUUACUCUUGUUUGGUGGCCCUAUCUUCAGUCCAGAGUUGCAGUUUUGGAGGUUUUAUCCCGCCUAGCCCCCUUUGAAAGGGGAAUAUACGAGGACUACGUCGCUAAUUUUUGGUGCACAACCUCCGUCCUUGUUAAAUGGAAGCGGUUGUUCACCACACAGUCGCUUAAACUAUUAAGUCUUACUAUGACAGUUUUGUCAUGUCUUCCUUCCAUGGUUCUGCAGAUACAGGCUCCUAGUAACCGAGCUUUUCUCUAUGGACUGCUUAAUAGUGCUUUCUCGUUCUAUUUGUUCUCAUUUCAAGUACAUGAGAAGUCUAUUCUUCUGCCGCUUUUGCCAGCAAGCAUGUUAGCCAUAGAAGAACCAUUCCUUUUUCAAUGGUUUGCGCACUUUGCCUUACUCUCUAUGUUCCCCCUCUUAUGUCGUGACAAAUUAUUUCUUCCAUACAUCGCUCUCUAUGGUAUCUUCAUCUGCAUAUACUAUGCCCCCAAUGGAAAAUCCAACACACCAAAGACUAGUUCUUCCUCUCGUUUAACAUCAUUACUGAUUUCUUUUAUCCUUUUAUUAUCUCUUGUUCUUCACAUUAUUUACGUGACCUUAAUUCCUCCAAAGAAAUAUCCUUUUCUUUUUGAGGCCAUCAUCAUGCUUCACUGUUUCUCUCAAUUUGUUUUGGUUUUUGUUUACUCGAACCGAAAGCAAUGGAUUUUGUUGAAUCAAUCACCAGCUGGAACAAAGGAAAAAAAGUUUUGACACUGCAAGUUCAUCUAGGGAUUUUUCCUAUCAUUUGGUUUUGAUAUUGUGUUGUACUUCUGAUUUCUUGUUAAGCGUCUUCCAUUAACAAUUAUUUCCUUUCUAGUACUGAAGUUAGUUUUCGAGUUAAAAAUAUUUUUAAUUUAGUCCCUACACAUGUUAGGAUCACUGGUCCAUGAUUUGUAACAGAUGUAUGUAACACGUAUUACUUGAUCAAAGAUACAUUUGGCACUGGACUACAACACCAUUGCAACUGUAACUAGAAUUGGAUGAUAGCGAUGUUUGUAAUUAGAAAGCUUGUGAGCCGUCAUUAUUCAAAGUUGAGGUAUUGAAACUCA